CUGAACUUGUCACAACCAAGCAAAUACAAAUGAAUGAGGAUCGUUUCACCUGUAGACCCAUGUGCCCAUGGACUACGCUUCCGCGCGCUGUGGAGCCAAGCAGAUCCAGAAGCUGACCAGGCACGUCUGUAUGACAUUAUGAGGUGAGCAAAUGAUCUUGAAAGCGGUGAGAGGCUUUACUUUUGCCGCUUUGAAGUGAAAGCAUCACUUCAAUUGGCAUGCUUUGACGUAGCUGUGGAUAGUCCUGAUGCCCCCGGGAAACUUCCGAGCUGUUCCAGUUUCAAUAGACACAGAGAGAGAGAGAGCGGCACUUGCUUCUGGAAACGCAUCCAGACAUUUUGUCGUAGCCGUUUUGGCUCACCGGGCUAGUGAUAGUUGGGAUUUGGUACUGUAUACACAUUGGCGCAGUCCUUGCAAAGCUCAGCAGCCAUGCAGAAGAGCCAGAGCGAAGGCAGCUUGGCAUUCCUCAAGGAUUCCAAGGUGGGCUCAGCUGCUGGCUUCAUGCUGGUGAGCGGGGGUAUUAUGGCCCUACCGCAUGGAAAGAAAAGUAAGGGCCUCGUGGAUUUCUCCAAACGCUUCAGUGCCAUAUCUGAAUACCAGGACUGCUUUCGAGAGAUUCCACAUUGCUAUGCGUCAAUGGACAGGAAACCUCUCACACCAUACCAUCCCAACGCGCCACGCUCGCGCUUGGCGCUGGAAGAUGCACCUGUCCCACUUAAGAAUGCCUCAACAAUCCAAUUCCUGGAUAGAUUCUGUGUCCACAAUCGGCGCUUCGUGUCCACGCACAAGAACUACUACACUGGCGAGAGACCAGAUAUGAGAAGUAAUCCUGGUAUGAUUGCGGACAGCACGAGGCUGAAGCGAAUGCUGAUGGAGAAGUGAGCAGGGUCCGAACAAACAGCCCGUUUCCUCAAUCGAAGUCGGAUGGGAACGAAAUAAUCGACUCCCGCGUGUUAGCCAGC